AUGAAAGAGAAUCGAAGCUCGAAUGUUUCUCGGCAUCUCUGCCGCAUCUCCCUCUCCAUCCCCUGUAGCCAACAUGAUGAGUUGGAAAAGAUGUUUUUCGAAGAGAGGGCUGCAUUGGAAGCAAAAUACCAGAAGCUCUAUGAACCUCUCUACACUAAGGUAUUGUACGAAAUUGUCAACGGUGUAACUGAAGUUGAAGAAUACACAGAGAAAGGGGUGCCGGAUUUCUGGCUCACGGCAAUGAAGACCAAUGAAGUUCUUUCUGAGGAGAUCUCAGAGCGUGAUGAAGGGGCUCUGAAGUACCUCCAGGAUAUCAAGUGGUCUAAGAUAGACGAACCAAAAGGAUUCAAGCUUGAGUUUUUCUUCAAUGCCAAUCCUUAUUUCAAAAAUUCUGUAUUGACAAAAACGUAUCACAUGAUUGAUGACGAUGAACCUAUUUUGGAGAAGGCAAUUGGAACGGAGAUUGAUUGGUAUCCUGGGAAGAGCUUGACGCAGAAGAUCUUGAAGAAGAAGCCAAGAAAGGGAUCAAAGAAUGUUAAACCCAUAACUAAAACUGAAGACUGUGAAAGCUUCUUUAACUUCUUCAAUCUUCCUAAGAUACCUGAUACUGAUGAUGGAUUUGAUGAGGAAACUGCUGAAGAACUUCAAAGUCAGAUUGAGAAGGAUUACGACAUUGGCAAAUUAAUGUCUAAUGCUCUGCUCUCUUUCUUUGAUGUUUUGGGGGUUCUCCUUUUGGUUUCAAAGCCAUUCCUCGGCACCCUUCUCCAGCAAGCCAACGAAGACCAGGAGGUUGACGAAUCAGGCGGGAAUGACAAUGAGCCUACAGAGGAGUCAGAGGGAUUGAUGAGUCAAGGCGAGGGAGAAUCGUUUGGAUUUGAACAGUUACAUGAUUAG